AUGUUAAGGAAGAGCUUUCAGGUGGCAGCAAGACUGGUCCCUCCCCAGGCCCUCCCUGGAGCCUUCCGCAUCCUGCCCAGAGUCAUCCCUGCCUCUGCCUUCGGAUCUUCCCCAGAUGCCUUGGUGGCGAGAUUCUGUGUGGAAAGACCAGACACGAAGGACUAUGCGGUGCCCAAUGCCAGCUGGUGUCCCGACAUGCUGAGCCUAUACCAAGAGUUCAUGGGGAAGACCAAGGGGGAAGGCUGGGUCAAGCUGCCUUCCUUCAAGUCCAACCGGGACCAUGUGAAGGGGCUCAAGCUCCCCUCCGGGCUGGGGUGUGAGGAUGCCUCAGAUAACAGUGACUGGCGCAUUUUUACGCGCUGCAUCCCGCAGGAAGGACAAGGCUAUGAAUAUGUCAUCUUCUUCCACCCAACCGAGUUGAAGUCUGUCUGUCUUUUCCAGCCGGGCCCCAACCUGGAGGGGGCCCCAGGGUAUGCACAUGGAGGUUCUCUGACAGCCUUGAUAGACGAGACCUUCUCCAAGACCGCCUACCUGGCAGCAGAGGGACUCUUCACAGUGAACCUAAACAUAAGGUUCAAAAACCUCAUCCCUGUUCGUUCUCUGAUUGUACUGAACGUGGAUGUGACCAAGACUGAUGAGCAGCAAGUGCAUUUGUCCUGCAUUGCUCAGAGUAGAGACGAGCAGACAGUCUACGCCAAAUGCUCAGGUGUUUUUCUUCAGCUUCCACUUGAAGAGGAGGAACCCCAAUAA